AGGGCGAUGAUAAUGACGUCAUCAGUGUGCGCCGGCUCUGGAGGUUUUCGUUUUAUUUCAAAAUAACAUGAACAUGACAGCCACUUUAAAACAAGCGUUAAAAGCUCAUUUUGGGUUUGACCGUUUUAGAUCGAAACUGCAAGAAGAUGUGGUUAAGGCAGUCGUCAGACGUGACAAGGAUGUGUUUGUAUGUAUGCCCACUGGUGCAGGGAAGUCUCUGUGUUACCAGCUCCCUGCUCUGCUGGCAGAGGGCAUCACUCUGGUCAUAUCUCCUCUCAUCGCUCUCAUCCAGGACCAAGUGGAACACCUGAGAAGCUUGAAUAUCCCUGCCUGCUCUAUUAACUCCAAACUGCCCAUUGCAGAGCGCCGUCUGAUCCUAGCGGACCUGGAGAGCAGUAGACCAAAGCUGAAGCUGCUGUACAUUACCCCAGAGAUGGUGGCCUCUCCAUCCUUCCAGCCAUGCCUCUCGGGGCUGUGCUCCCGUGGCCUGUUGUCCUAUCUGGCUGUAGAUGAGGCUCACUGUGUGUCUCAGUGGGGACAUGACUUCAGACCAGACUACCUCAAACUGGGAGAGCUCAGGGCUAAGUUACCAGGAGUGCCCUGCCUGGCUCUGACCGCGACAGCACCUAAAAAUGUCCAGGAGGACAUAGUACAGUCGCUCCACUUGCAGCAGCCACUAUCUUUUAUCAUGCCUGUGUUCCGCAGUAACUUGCACUACGACGUCAUCUUCAGGGAGCUACUGCCAAACCCUUUUGUGCACCUCCAAGCCUUCAUCAAACAAGCCCUCACACUGGCCAAUGGUGCCAAGGAACAGGGCUGUGGAAUUGUAUACUGCCGAACAAGAGAGAACUGUGAGACUGUUGCCCACCAGUUAACUAAGCUUGGAGUGUCUGCUAAACCUUACCACGCAGGUUUAAAAGCAGGAGAUCGUACAGAGGCCCAGAAUGACUGGAUGCAGGGUAAAGUUAUGGUUAUUGUAGCCACCAUCAGCUUUGGCAUGGGCGUGGACAAGGCUAACGUCAGAUUUGUAGCUCAUUGGAACCUGGCCAAGUCCUUGGCAAGUUACUACCAGGAGUCGGGUCGAGCGGGCAGAGAUGGCCUCCCCUCCUCCUGUCGCACGUACUACUCUGCCAAAGAUAAAGAGCAGAUCAGCUUUCUCAUCCAGCAGGAAGUCAAUCGCAGACAGCAAAAACGUGGGUCCAUAAAGGAGUCCGAUAAAGCUGCUAUGAAAGACUUUGAAGCCAUGGUCAAAUUCUGUGAACAAGAAGGGUGCCGCCAUGCCACCAUCUCCCGGUUCUUUGGGGACCAGCCUCCGAAGUGCGGGGGGGCGUGUGACUUCUGCUCUAACCCCAAAAUGGUGCGUGCUCAGAUUGCCCGCGCCGCCGUGCUCAGCAGCAAGAGCCACGCCCACAGCGAGAAGCCAGCCGGGCCGUUCGGAUUCAUCGCAGAUCAGUACGAAGGAGGAAGGAAGGGCUACGGCUUUGAGAGGUACGAUGAAGACGAAGGUGGUAACGAUGAGAACAUGACUCUGCACAGGAAGAAGGAGUUUUCAGAUCUCUACAAGAAGCAGAUGAACAUGAGAAAGGGAGCUGUCAGUCAAGGUGAAGAGUUUGUUCCACCUGCUGCUGACUGUCCACUGAAGGCGGCGAGCAGCGAGAGGAUUCCCCGACUGACAGUGAAAGCCAGAGAGCACUGUUUGUCUCUCCUUCAAGAGGCACUUUAUGGCCACCAGGGGGCAGACACCAGUUUCUCCUCUGAUUCACUGCUUUUAGCUGUGGAUUUGGAACAUGAGAUCUUCAGUAGCAGCAAGACGUCCAAUAUUUACAAAGCUGCAGUUCUUAAAAAGGUGUCGGAGAUGAAGAAGACGCCCGCUGCAGUGAAGGGAGGAGCGGAAGAACCAGAGAAGAGCAGAGGGCAGGAGAGCAAAGAGAACAGCACACAAAAACAAGAGGAAACGUGCAAAGAGGAGGCUCCUUCAUCAUCUUCAUCAAAUAUGGGCUUUACUUUGGCGUCAGAAAUCUACUCGAUGAAGCGCAAGAGAGUGGGCGCAGGUCAACGGGGCUCAUCCAAUCCAUUUCAGACGGCUAAAGAAAUACUAAAACUGUCAACUGGCCAAACAGAAUCAGAGUCUGAAAACUCUACAGAUCCCGACUCCUCUAUGACAUCAUCAAUACGAGCCAGAGCCAACGCCACAGCCACCUCCUCCUCCGCCUCCUCCUCCGCCUCAAACAGCCCGAAGAAGAAAGCCAAAGCACUAACCAAGAAGCAGCAGAAAUUAGCGGACGCGGCCAAAAAUUCUCGGACCAUUUCUCAAUAUUUUACCAAGAAACAAACAAAAUGUGAAAAUGCGACGGAAAGUACGUUAUGUAAAACAGUUACAGACGACAUAAGCCCGCCGCGAUCGCCAGUUCUUGAAGAUGUAGAAGAGAGUCCAAUGGAGGUGGAAAGUCCAUCUGUGAUCACAAUAGAUGAUGAUAAAGAUAUGAUGAUUGAUGAAGAGGAGUGUGUCCAAGUGCUUCCAGAGACAUGUGUGACACCUGAGCCAGAACAAAACAAAAAGGAGGAAGUUGUGAUUCCACCUCCUACACAAGAGGCAACGCACAAAAUCAAACCAAAGAGAGAAUCCUCACCUCCUGCAAAGCGAAGUCGUCCAGCAGAGGGCAGCAGGCGUGUGACCUUUAACCCCCACAUAGACGAGAGCGCGGUGCGACCUGCGGACUCUCCCGUAGCGACGCUCAAAGAGGCGGCUGAUAUAGUGGUCCGGUGUCUGGACCCUUUUUAUACUCAGGGAAGAUUUUCUACAAAGGAGCUGUUCAAGUCCUUUGCACGCUUUUUAUCUCACCACCUCGCAGAAGGAGCUACAAAGGGAAGAGGCCAAAUCAAAGCUGACGCCAAAGCUCUUAUUAAGAAGUUUUUCAGCUCAGUCCAGCGCUGUGAAAGUGAAGACGACUGGAAGCACCUUAAAAGAUCCAAGGACUGUAAAACUGUGGACAACAAACUCUAAAACACCCACAGAGAGAUAUAUUUUACAUAUAAAUAAAUAAUAGGCCUUCCCCUGUGCCUCUAAGCUGCUCUGUUGUGACCCUUGUGGUGCGAUUGCUGCCUGUGACUCGUGCUUCCUUCGGUUAAAAGCGAAACAAGUGCAAUUUUUAAUACGUCGAGUGAACAGACGACUACAGCCGUAGCAUUAUUAUUCAGUGUUAAUGUAUUUCUUCGACCAGUUUUUGUUACAAUAAUUUUAUAAGGAAUACUUGAAUUCAUGUUGCGGACUGAAAUGCUGUAUUUGAUUUAACACUUUUCUUAUAAUGUGAAAGCUUCUUAAUUUUACUAUUAAAAUAUAUCAGAGUUGGUUUUAUUGCUGCUAUUAGAUCGUCUGCACCACAGGGAAUCACAGGGAAGUGUGGACGUGGCCUUAAACGUGCUAUAUGAGGUCUCCAGGAAGUCCAACGCUACGUAAAGCUGUAUCUGUGUCAGCGGCUCCUGUUUUGUUGCGCGCAUGUGUUUUUGAAGAUCUGAUCUAUGGAAAUGGUCAGCCUGUCAUAACUUGUCAAAAGAAAAAUAUAAAAUCUGUAAACGAAACAUUCUAGGAGUGAAGACGUUUCGCUGCUCAACCAAACCGCUUCUUCAAACGUGGAUCAGACCUGACGACACACACAUAUCAAGAGGGAUCACACACACAUGUCUGGUCAUAACUUGGUAAUAGUGUUGAACCACAGCCAGAUUGUUUACAAAAAAAGUUGCAUAUCCUAUUUUGGGAAUGACAAUAUUAUAUUACAAUAAAUAAUAGCAAUAAAAUAAGAUAACUUGUCAAAAAUGUCCUGUUUUUCUGUUUAUUUUGG